UUUUUUCUAACCAUUUUUUGAUGUUCCUAGCCUGUUAACCAAAAAGGUUGGUUUUCUUUAUGUGGGCGGUCAUGACGCUCCCUUCGGUCGUAUGCAAAAGCUUACAAAGGAAAUUCGCGAGCUAGACAACAAAAUUGUUGAAUGCACCAUGAACCAAUUUGGCAAUUGGGAUUAUAUGCGCGAGCGAACGGACAAAAAGUUACCUAACAGCUUUAACACCGCCGUAUCCGUCGUGGAGAGCAUUAAGCAUCCAAUCACCAAGGAAUAUCUACUAAGUUUUAUUGCGAAUUUCGGAUUUCGCGAUGAUCAUACAAUGAUGCCGCCUCCAGCCGUACAGCGACGUUAGCAAUGCCUAGCAGCUAUCUCAUCUCCUGCACCACAUCAACCACGUAGACACUCCUGACACACACAUUAGGAAAUUAAUAAACCAUAAUAAAAAGAA